CCCUUGUUAUUUUGUCGUGUGUUCGUUUUUCCCCUUUGUCGUGGGUCUAUUUUGUUGUUGGUGUCAGUUUCUAACUGUUUGUCCUGUUGUGGUCUGUUCUUUGUCCUUGCUGUUGUUCUAUGUUGUAUUCGUGAAUGUAAUGGCUUGUUUGUGAUUGGUUUGUUUUGAUCGUGUUUUUAAAUGUUUAUAUCAUUUGUAUUUUUUUGGUUGUGUAUGUUCAUUUAUCUUUGGUGUAGAUAGUUAGUGUUAGUGUUAGUGUUCUAGUAAGGUUAGCAUAGUAAGGUUAGUGUAGUUGUAGGUAGAGUUAAGGUAGCUUUGUUAGUAUUUAGUUAGCUUAGUGGGUAAUUUUGUAUACUAUUAAUCCUAUAUUGUUAGUGUAGUUAUUGUUAAUAUAGUAGUAGCCCUUGUAAAUACUAUCGGGGAGAGCGUGAGGUCAGGAGAGGCAGCGCCAGGGCCGCCAGCGCAGUCAGGGCCGCGGGGACAGUCCGCCGGGUCCGCACUCGCUAUGUUCAGGCCCUGCGCUCUCGGGGCCCCCAGCAUGAAAAACUACCGGGUGCUGCGCACGCUGGGGGCGGGCGCCUGCGCCAAAGUCAAGCUGGCGCUACACUUGGUGACCGGCACGGAGGUGGCCAUCAAGUUCAUCUGCAAGGCCAGGCAGGCGCGCCUCGAGUUCCUGGCCCGCGAGGUGGCUUGUAUGAAAGCGCUGCAGCACCCCAACAUCAUCCAGCUGUUCGAGGUGCUGGACACCCCGGAGGAACUCCUCCUGGUCAUGGAGUAUGCGGGCGGGGGGAACCUGCUGGACUACCUGCUCCGGCGCGGGCGCCUGGAGGAGCUCGAGGCGCGCCACAAGUUCCAGCAGAUCCUGGCGGCGGUCGCGCACUGCCACGCGCGGGGCAUCGUGCAUCGCGACCUCAAGCCGGAGAACAUCCUCAUGGACCGCGAGCACAACCUCAAGCUCAGCGACUUCGGGCUGAGCAUCGAGUGCGCGGGCGCGGCGCUCAGCACCUUCUGCGGCAGCCCCGAGUAUGCGGCGCCCGAGAUCUUCCUGCACCGCCCGUACGCGGGCCCCGCCGUGGACGUGUGGAGCCUGGGGGUGGUGCUCUACAGGAUGGUCACGGGCGCGCUGCCCUUCCGGGGCUCCGACCUCGUGGAGAUCCGGGACCGCGUGGUCAGCGGGCACUUCCACCUGCCCCCCUACCUCUCGGCCCAGUGCCGGGACCUCCUGGGCAGAAUGAUGGUGCUGGACCCCCAGGGGCGCAGCAGCCUGGAGGCCAUCCAGCAGCACCCGUGGGUGCGGCCGACUCAGGGGCUCCUGGCCGUCCGCGAGCCGUCGCCCAGCCACCACGACGCGGCCCUGGCGGAGGCCAUGGACCGAGCCUCAGGGCGCAGUGCCAGCUCCCCGUCAAGCCCCCAGGUGGGGGAUACCCGGGAGGACUCUUCCACCCCCACGUCGGGCCCCCUGCAGAGGGACGCCCCAGAGCGCAGCGCCACCCCCACGCCGGGCCCCCUGCGGGAGGACGCCUGGGAGGAGAGCGACACCUCCAUUCUGGACAUCCUGCAGGAGGUUGCCCCGGAGCCCAGCGCCACGUCAAUUCCGGGCCCCCAGGUGGAGGACAGCGCCACCCCCAGGUCACGCCCCCUGCGGGUGGACGCCUGGGAGGAGAGCGCCACCUCCAUUCCGGACCCCCUGCAGGAGGGUGCCCCAGAUCAGAGCGCCACCUCAAUUCCAAGGCCCCAGGCGGAGGACAGCGCCACCUCCAUUCAAGAGCCCCUGCAGGAGGAAGCCCCAGAGCAAAGUGCCACCUCAAUUCCGGGCCCCCAGGUGGAGGACAGUGCCACCCCCAGGUCACGCCCCCUGCGGGAGGAUGCCUGGGAGGAGAGCGCCACCUCCAUUCCGGACCUCCUGCAGGAGGGUGCCCCAGAUCAGAGCGCCACCUCAAUUCCAGGCCCCCAGGCAGAGGACAGCGCCACCUCCAUUCUAGACCCCCCGCAGGAGGAUGCCCCAGAGCAAAGCGCCACAUCCAUUCCGGGCCCCCAGGUGCAGGACACCAAGGAGGGUGGUAGCACCACCACCAUGCCAGGCCCCCUGGUGGAGGGUGAACAGGAAAGCAAGAAGGGACCAGUCAGUCCUGCCCCCCAGUCCCCCCUCACCAACCUCAGACCUCCCCCAAGACGCAGCUGGCUCCUCAAGUUCCGCAGGAAUGCGGUGGCUCCUGCAGAAAGCCAUGAAGACAAUGACACCUCAGUCCCAUCCAUUAGCUCUAGCCAAGGCGGGCGGGCCAGCAGGAGGAUAAUGAAUGCCCUGCUAAAUUUGUGCUGUUUCUGCCGACCACACCACUGAAAACACGGCAAGGGUGUUCACCCACCCGACAACUCAUAAGACUGCCACACCCUGCAGACGUCCCGCCCAAAAUGCAGCCACCAAGUGAGCAGGAGCAUGCCAGGGGAGGGCGAGGCUCUGGAGAGGGGUCAGGGCCUGGGCCCAGUCAGAGGGGCCAGGAGAAGCAUGACGCACACAGGACCUGAUCACAGAUGUCCGCGGAACACAGAUGUCCUGGAGCAGAGCAGGCUCUGUCCUGUGAAGGCCUCCCCGCCCCCUUGCUGGGACAGCCCUGCUGCUGGCGCCUGAGCACACGGAUGGCGCAGAGGAUGCAGGAGCUCUGUGGUCUGAGUGGCAUUGUCAUUGACUGACGGACACGGUCCCGGACGGCGCAGGAGGUGGCCGCGAUGGGCAGACGGGCUCCCCACUGCAGAGGGGACCUCCAGGUGACCGGCUCUGCCUCUAGGACGCUGGGGCGUGGAGGCAUCUGAAUGCUGUUUCUCGGCCUGAUGGAGACACUCAGAAAUGGAUUGCUUUGUUAGCGUGUCUAUGCCAUGACUCAUUAAAUCAUUGUUUGAAACCGA